AUGAACAUACGAGACCGCACAACAGAAUUCCAACAUUCGGUUCAUACAUACGUUAAAAAACAGAAAGGGCAUCAAACGAGACAACAACGUCGAACUCCUGGACAAAAAUCCGAGUUUCAGCAAAAGGCGUCCGUAAUAGCACAUGAUAUCGCGUCCACUGCGCAAUUGCUGGGCAAAUUGGCAGAACUGGCGAAAAAAAAGCCCAUGUUUAACGAUAAUCCAGUCGAAAUUGCAGAACUUACGUUUGUGAUAAAACGUAAGAUUUAUGUUAUUGAACAAAGUCUGAUAGAGCUCAGUAAGCUCGGGAACAACGGAUCUGUGACAUUACCCAUGCAACACUCCAAGAAUGUGAUGAACCUCUUGAACACUAAGAUGAAAAACAUCAGUGGGGACUUCAAGAGCGUACUGGAACAACGGCAGCGAUUGGAACUCGCCAACAAAGAUCGAUGGGAAAAACUGAGUGCGCUGUCCGAGGAUGCCACCGCGGGCCAUACCCAACAAACGGUAGCACCGCAGAGUUACAACAGUGCCAAUCCGUUUAUGUCGUCGGUAGUAGAAGAAUCUGCGUCGGGGGAACAAUUGGCUAUGCCCCAGGACUCGUCAUUGCUAUUGAUGGAAGAACAGAAUGCAUCAUCCGCGUAUCUGCAGGAAAGAAACCGGGCUGUCGAAACCAUCGAAUCGACGAUCCAAGAAGUCGGGAAUUUAUUUCAACAAUUGGCGCAUAUGGUUCAGGAACAAGGUGAAGUGAUCCAACGAAUCGAUGCAAACGUUGAAGACAUCGAUUUGAACGUGUCAGGAGCACAGCGGGAAUUGCUCAAAUAUUUUGAUCGUGUGAGCAGUAACCGGUGGCUUGCGGCCAAAAUUUUCGCCGUUUUGUUUGUGUUCUUUUUGGUAUGGGUCCUGGUUAAUUGA